ACUCUCUGCUACGAGUCUUGCAAAAAGAAGAAGGAAGGAAGCCUUCUGUCUUUAGUGCAGCGGGGCGGCGAGAAAAAGCAGCGCUUGUUGUCAGUUUUCGCAUGCAUACAUGCAUAACACGCAUGCACACAUUUGUUCUCGCCUUUGCUUCGUGCCCCGAGCGCGAAAUGAUGGGAUUGCAACGUUUCCACCCGGGGCGCUGGCUUCGCUUGGUGGCCGCCGCGUUGAGACCCGCGUCGGAACUUGGGAAGAGCAGGAGGGAGUGGUUUAGUGGUCGGGGAAGAAGGGGAGGAAGGUGGAAGCGAAGCGGAUCCCGCCUUCUCUAAACCCAGCCGCGGAGAAGGAGAGAGGAGGGAGAGGGAGAUUGGCAAUUAAUGGUGGGGCUUUUGUUAAGAGCAGGGGCUGUUGCGCUGCCCUUUGGGAUUUGAGGCCGAUCCCGUAUAUAUUCACACGUUACGGGGAUUAUCUCUCUCCCCUCCGCCGGGGCAGCGGCAAGCGGCAAGAUGAGCGCUGCUCGUUAUUGUCUGAAGCGCCGCUUGCGCGCCUGCAUUUGCAAACCUGCAGCCGCCGCUGCGCAUUCCGUGGGUGGCGGGGCGUCCUUUGUCAGGCUGGGAUCUGUGCUUUCCUGUUCUCCAAAAUAAGAGAGGAAAAACCCGGCAGCAUCCAGGGAAAAAGCAAGAAGGGGAAGGAAGCCUGAGGAGGCCGUGCUCCACCCAAGCCUGGUAAUUGUGCGUGUUAUUUUGGCACUCUGGAGAAUCAGAAGAAAAUGCAAAACAGCGAAGUGAUAAAACCUGCCAAAUACUUCUCUGAAGUGGAGAAGAGUGUGUUGCUGGCAUUAGUUGAGAAAUACAAAUAUGUACUUGAGUGUAAAAAAAGUGAUGCAAGGACUAUUGCACUGAAACAACGGACCUGGCAGGCCCUUGCUCAUGAAUAUAAUUCUCAACCAAGUGUAUCGCUACGAGAUUUCAAGCAGCUGAAAAAAUGCUGGGAGAACAUCAAAGCACGGACAAAGAAAAUAAUGGCACAUGAAAGGCGAGACAAGGUAAAAAGGAGCAUUAGUCCACUUCUAAGUAAUCACAUCCUGGGAAAAGAGAAGAUUGCCAGCAUGGUACCUGAGCAGGUGUACUUCUUACAGAGUCCACCAGAAGAGGAUUCUGAAUAUCAGCCAGAAGCCUCCAGUCAAGAACCUUUCACCGUUAUAAACAGAGAACUGUGCGAUGAAGACAAAGAUCUUGUACAUUUCCAGGUAUGCGAAGGAACCUCGCAAUCGGAGCCUUCCUGUUCAGCAGUCAGGAUAACAGGCAGUAAAAAUUUCAGAAGUAAAGCUGCCCAGGAAAGCGAUCUGAAGAAGAUGCACGAAGAAGAGCACCAUCAGCAAAUGUCCAUCUUGCAACUGCAGCUGAUCCAGAUGAACGAGGUCCACGUGGCCAAGAUUCAGCAGAUCGAGCGGGAGUGCGAGAUGGCGGAAGAGGAGCACAGAAUCAAGAUGGAGUUGCUCAACAAAAAAAAAAUGUACUGGGAGCGGAAACUUCAAACUGUUACAAAAGAGUGGCCCGUCUCAUCUUUCAACAGACCGUUCCCUAAUUCGCCCUAGAGAAGGCAGCAGCCAGCCGUAAAAUGGACUGGUGUCACUGGUUUAUUAGAAGAGAAUGAGGAGGGGUUCAGUUCUGCUAGUUUUGUAUUUUUAGUUUGAGAGAAUGCCUUCCCACUAGGCUGUGAACAAACAUUAAGGAAGAGCUAAGGAAAAUGUGGUAUCUAUUUGUUGUUUUUUAAGCCAAAUUACUCAAUUAUUAUCAUUUUUGGAGCAUCCCCUUAUACACACAGGAAGUCAGUAGGCGUAUUCCGUGGUGCACACUUUUUGUCUAGAAAGUUCUUAACAGCAGAUACGUAGCUGGGCAUUUUAAUAUUUUAUUUGAAGCCUGAAAUUUAAAUUUGUUUCCAAGAAGCAAGAAUUCUGACUUAUCCUCCAUAAUUGUUUGUUGAGGUGGGGCUACUAGCAGAUGCGCAGUGACUCAGCUGCAUCACUGAGCCAGAGGACAUAAUACGUUUUCCGUUUAUUAAUAGAAUGUGGGGAAAGGGCAGCGUCAUAGCAGCAACUGCUUCAGAAGAGGCCAUGGAAAGCUUUCAAACAAUUGAUUAGCUCUCUGGGCCACAAGGGAAGUUCACCACCACCACAUUUCUCUCCUGCCCCUAACCAUUAAUGACGCUGCACUCAGAUUGCACUAUAGGGCAUGGCUCACCUGCCAGCUAUAUAAUUUAGGGCAAAAUUACUACUGUCUGGCCACUUUUCUGCGGUUGAAGAAGGCAUCAAGAAAAUUACCAUUGUGUGUGAUUUGCAGCUGUGCACGUGUACUCCAGAGUAAGUGUAUACAGGAUUGCAGCAUCACUUGGAUACUUGGCACCUCUCCGUUUGGUUCAUUUCAGCUUGCUUGGCUUCUCGUCAUGUCAGGAAGGAGCCACCUGUCCAUCUAGUACGAUGCAGGUCCAGUUUGCAUGACAGGAUCACCCUCUCCGUACUGCGCCUAUCUCUUGGUCCCAGUCCACAUGAGCCAGGGAUCUGAAGUGAGCACCAACCAAAUGUAAGGAGGUUAAAGUGCAGAUUUACUGUGUAACUCGGGGCUAUUUAAACACUUUGCAUUUUUACAUGCAAGUCCCUGUAAAAAUGUAAUGAGUGCGCAUGGCAAAUGCCGAUAAUCUGCCACCACACAGGGAGUGGCUGUGGCUCCUUGAAUGGGUAACUGGCAAACGCAUUGAACAUCACAAUGUGUGACUGAGCUCUUGAAGAGUUUUCAUCUUUGAUGGGAGGCAAGGGAAUGAGAACCCACCACCCUCUAAGUAAGUGACAAAGGGGAAGCAGGCUUGUUUCUGUUUUAAUGAAGCAGCAACCAUGAAUUUCCACGAUUUCAUAUGUAGAUUUGGCAGUUAUGACUAAUAAGUGCAAAUGGUGAUAUUAGCUUUUUCUUCUUCUCAAAAUGGGGCAACCUUGCUGUGUUCAUUGGGCUUCAGGUGGUUUUCAGUUGGAUUUACAGGUAAAUAUUUUCAGAUGCUGCUAAGACAGAGACCUGGAGCUACUUAAGAGUGCUGUCAAAUCUGUUGCAAAACUAGCUUGAGUGGAUUAGAGCUGCCCCUCUUUAAUAUUUACAGUAGCAGAGGGUUACCAGUAAAGUAGGGGGAGGCAUAGUCAAUUUUUCAGGCAGGUAUAAGGAACAUUUGGGUGUCCAGACAUUGCUGCUACAACUUGCAUCAUCCCUAGUCAUUGGCCAUGCUUGCUAGGCCUGAUGGGAGUUGUAGUUCAACAGCAACUGGAGGACCAAAGGUUCCCACACUAAGGGUACAAGCUUGUUGCUUAAUGUUGGUGAAGCGCCAUACGUUUGUCAUUGCUUUCAGCGCUCCCAUCUUGGUAUGUCAAGGAAAGGGGUAAGACUUUAAAAGGGUGAGAUUUUAAAUAGUAUAUAAUUGUGAGUUUGGAGUACAGUGGUGGGAAUUACUCUGAAUUAACUAAAAGGAGUCAUCAUGGUUUAUGGUGCUGCAUAUGCGCACUGCACAGAAUUAGCCAUAAAGUCUUCCUCUUUUUCCUGUUGAUAAGAUGGUGUGCUGAAAUACCAACUUGGGGAAUGAGAUGGAGAUCUGCCAUUCAUAGGUGCAGAUCAUUUACAUGCUGACAUGAAAUCCUUGCUCUACCUCACUCCUCUCAAAUAGAAUCAAGCUCAAAGAAAUUGAGUCGCUUCAGGUCUUUUUUGGUGUGUUCCUUUGACUAUAAGACGGGGCACAAAUAUGUUCAUUCUGGAAAACCAAAAUUUGUGUAUUUUGGUAAUGCAUCUUUUAGUGCAACUUCUUAUUGAGGAGCUCUGUUCAAACUGUUGAACAGAUCUUAUGAAACAUCUUAUAAAGUGCACACUGGUUCACAGUUAACAGAUUCCCAGGCAAACAAGAAACUAUCAGAAGUAUGGGGAAAGGGAAUGGGAAGGUAACUGGAAAGAGGGCUGUGCUUAUACUGUUGAGAUUUUUGUGGUUCUUAAAUGAGUUUAUAACUUAGUAUUUUAAAUAAUUUUCCAAAGGGAAAAUAAUUAUGUUAGUUAAUGCAUGUGUAGAGCUUAAAUACUGAAUUCAAACCACUGCAAAAAUAAUUGCAGAUUCCAGCAUAAUCCAAUAGAAAAAAGAGGGAGCAAUUGCAGCCCCAAGCCUCAGGAAAUCACAAGCCCUUUUGAAAGUAUUUUGAGGGGAAAUGUUAGGCUACUUCUCAUUUUAGUGUCUUUGGUGCAUAUUAGAGUUGUCUGGUCCAAAUUAGAAUGGGGUUCCUGUUCCUGUGUGCAGCUGGGAAUUUCAGAAGGUGCAUGUGCGCUCACCUCUGCGUGACAAUUUGCCCUUGCCAAAAUUAUCACAAACUACUACCUGUAAAAGAGGGGUCACCCAUGUGGACAUCUCUAUAGCUGAGGUGGAGCAGUUUGGACCUCAUUUACAAAGAGACAUUAGGUUUUGCUUAGCACCCAGAUAACAUUCUCCAUCCUCCAUUCCUAAAACAAGCGUGUGUGGCAGGCAGUUUCAUUCUAACAUGAAACAGUGCAGAGAGCAUAAAACUCAGCAGUGAAUUUAGCUGUCAGAAGUAAAGAGAAACUAGCCUGCGUUCAUAUAUUUUAUUACAGAAAAUAGUAGUUUAGGUUUAGCCCCUGCCCAGCUCCCCCUUCUCCUUGGAUGCCAAUAGUAUUUCCCUUUUCAAUGAGCCUCAGUUUCUCAGCAGUUCAGAGUGGAGUUUUUUUCAACUGCCGCUCCUGUGUCUAUUUUUCGGUGGAGAGGGACACAAGUUGCACUGCAAUUUUGCUGCCAGUCUUGAGAUAUUUCCAUUUUUUUCACAUUCUAAAUUCUGAACUUUUAAAAUACUACUUUAUCAUUUCUUUUUUAUUCCUCUUCUGUCUUCUGUUCAGCGUUACCACGUAAAAUAGUUUUAUAUUGGACACUCUCUCCCUUGAAUUUUCCCCUCCCCUGUCAUUUAUAUUCUUAUUAUUUAGAUAAUAUGUAGAACUCAACAUUUCAUCCUCUUUGCUUUUGUCUAAAUAGAGUUGUUUCCUGGUAUAUUGGAUAUAAAACUGUAUGAAUUCCUCACCACAUUCAAAUUCUGCAAGAAGAAAAUCUAGAUACUGUGAGAUGUAUGAAUUGUGCCUUGUGUUUCUUUAGCAUGUACAAUUCAUUUUGUUU